CAGGCGUGGGGCCGGGGGGCUGCGGGUUUGGGCGGGAGAGCUCUAGGCGGCGGGGCGGGGGGCGCCCUCCCUCCCCCGCAGCCCUCCGCGGGGCUCUGGCGGCCAGGCCUCACCUGCCCGCAGGCCCAGGAGCCGCCCGCCGCCGCCCAGGGUCCGUCCCCGCGGCCGGCGGCGCGUGAAGGUGCGGACGCCAGGCGCGGGGGUCCGCGCGGAGGCCUGGGCGGCGUGGCCGGGGGAUGCUGGGCCCCUGGGCUUCUGCAGCGGAGAGGGCACCCCCAGAACAGCCGUGCCCCCGGGCUGCCCCAGCGAGGCGCUUGACAGUGAACCCUGGGGAAGUUGGGCAGCUGUGAGUUUGCCUGUCGCCGUUAAGUGCCCUUAGGAUGCAGUGAUUAAGGAAUUAGGCUCUCCCUCCGGGAGGGGCACUGCCUGCGCUUGAGAACUCCGUGCAGAGAAAAAGGACAGAAUGAUGCUGUCCGAGCAAGCCCAAAAGUGGUUUCCUACCCACGUGCAGGUCACAGUGCUCCAAGCCAAAGAUCUUAAGCCAAAAGGCAAAAGUGGCACCAAUGACACAUACACUAUAAUUCAGCUGGGCAAGGAAAAGUACUCCACCUCUGUAGCUGAGAAAACCCUUGAGCCAGUGUGGAAGGAGGAGGCCUCUUUUGAGCUACCUGGAUUGCUAAUGCAGGGGAAUCCAGAGAAAUACAUUCUUUUCCUCAUAGUUAUGCACAGGUCCCUGGUGGGUCUGGAUAAGUUUUUAGGGCAGGUGGCAAUCAAUCUCAAUGACAUCUUUGAGGACAAACAAAGAAGGAAAACAGAGUGGUUUAGACUAGAAUCCAAACAAGGAAAAAGAGCCAAAAACAGGGGUGAGAUCAAAGUCAAUAUUCAAUUCAUGAGGAACAAUAUGACAGCAAGUAUGUUUGACUUAUCAAUGAAGGACAAAACAAGAUCUCCUUUUGCAAAAUUAAAAGAUAAGAUGAAAGGUAGAAAAAAUGAUGGAACAUUUUCGGAUACGUCUUCUGCAAUCAUUCCAAGUUCUCACAUACCCGAUGCCAGUACUGAAUUUUCAAGUGGUGAAAUACAGAUGAAAUCCAAACCAAAAAAGCCUUUCCUUUUGGGUCCUCAGCGACUCUCUUCAGCACAUUCAAUGUCUGAUUUAACUGGGACACACAUAUCUUCUGAGAAACUCAAGUCCGGCACCAUUGGUCAGACGCAUCUUCUCGGACGGCAGAUAGAUGCCUUUGGAGCGGUUCCAGAAAGUGGAAGUCUCAAAUCUCCACACAGAAGAACAUUAAGCUUUGGUACUUCUAAAAUGAACCAACCUGACAGCAGUGUGGAUGAAGGUGAAUCGUCUUUCGGAAGACAAAAUGACCCAUUUACAAAUGUGACUGCUUCAUUACCCCAAAAAUUUGCAACACUGCCAAGGAAGAAAAAUCCAUUUGAAGAAAGCAGUGAAUCAUGGGACAGCGGCAUGAAUUUAUUUUCAAAAUCAGUUGAAGUAAGAAAAGAAAAUAAAAGAGAGAAAAGGGAGAAAGUUAGCCUAUUUGAGAGAGUGACUGGAAAAAAAGAUAGCCGAAGAUCCGAUAAACUUAGCAAUGGGGGAUCUGAUAGCCCUUGUGACUUGAAAUCACCUAACGCAUUUAGUGAAAAUCGUCAGGACUAUUUUGAUUAUGAGUCAACUAAUCCGUUUACAACAAAAUUCAGGGCUUCAAAUAUAAUGCCAUCUUCAAGUUUUCAUAUGAAUCCGACAAGUAAUGAGGAGCUCAGGAAAAUCCCGGACAGCAAUCCUUUUGAUGCCACGGCAGGGUAUCGUGGUCUGACCUACGAGGAGGUCCUCCAGGAGCUAGUGAAGCACAAAGAGCUCCUUCGGAGGAAAGACACCCACAUCCGGGAACUCGAGGACUACAUCGACAACCUCCUCGUGAGGGUCAUGGAGGAGACCCCCAGUAUUCUCAGAGUGCCGUACGAACCGUCCCGGAAAGCUGGCAAAUUCGCCAACAGUUAAUCAGCCAGGAGUACUGCAUUUGUGAUUGGGGCAAAAAGGAAAGAAGAAAGAGAAAAAGAAGAAAAUCUUGGUACUGCAAGAAACUACAUUAUCAGGCUUCAUUAUAUACUCGACUCCGUUGCGAAAAAUUCCUUUACCUGUAAAUAUUAGCAGGGACCAUCAAGAGUGACCUUUGAAGUGAGCUAAAUAAUUUAAACAUUUAAAGUGAAAAUGGGCCAGAUUCUCAAUGAAUAAGCAGUUCCUUAGGAUUUUCACUGAGGUGCCGGCUCCGGCCUCCUAACCUGCCGUAGGCCUAGGGAUCACUUCAGAAGUACACGACUUCUUACUCCUCAGGACUAGAGCUCACAAAGCAGAAUCGAUGCUGGGGCUGGUUUCUUAGAAGUCAGUUUCUAGACUGACUUAGCUGCAGGAAUACUGCUUAUUAUAAACACUAAAAAAAGUUCGCAUUUUAUAUGCAUAUA